AUGAGCGACCACAUGGAUAACAAGGCUGGCAUCUCAGAGGCCAAGGCCGACGAGGCUCACAUCGACCAUGCCUACGAUGUCGAGGCCAAGAAGGAGAUGAACAUGCAGGGCGCCAUCGAUGCCGAGAACCAGGAGCACAACAUGACCGUUCUCGAGGCUGUCCGAGCCUACCCUGCGGCUUCUUUCUGGGCUGUCAACAUGUCCUGCACAAUUAUUAUGGAGGCUUACUGUCUUUUCCUCAUCGGCAACUUCAUCGCCCUGCCCGCUUUCGCCCAGAGAUACGGUAUCUACAGUGACAAGGACGACAAGUGGGUCAUUGAGACCAAGUGGCAGUCUGCCCUUCAGGUUAUCGGCCCCGUCGGUGCCAUCAUUGGUGUCGUUAUCGCCGGUCCCAUCACCAGCAGAAUCGGAUACCGAUGGGCCACGAUUCUCGGCCUCAUGCUCCUCAAUGCCUUCAUCUUCAUCUUCUACUUCGCCAACUCUCUCCCCGUCAUCCUGAUCUCUCAGCUCUUCGAGGGUAUUCCUUGGGGCAUGUUUGUCGCCAACUCUCCCGCCUACUGUUCCGAGAUCGUGCCUCUCCAGCUCCGAGCCCCUGCGACUCAGAUGCUUCAGAUGUUCUGGGCUAUCGGCGCUAUUAUCGUCGGUGGUGUUGCUUUCCACUUCAACGACCUGCACACCGAGCAGGCUUACAAAAUCCCCAUCGCUCUUCAGUGGAUGUUCCCCACCCCUCUCGCCAUCCUCAUGUACCUCGCUCCCGAGUCUCCUUGGUGGUUGGUUCGAAAGGGUCGCCUCGAAGAUGCUGCCAACGCCGUUCGACGUCUCGGACGUGCCACCCACGUCGACAACGCCCACGAGGCCAUUUCCAUGAUGAAGCGUACCAUCGAUCUCGAGAAGGACGUCAAGGAGCCCAGUCUCCUGGAGCUGUUCCGUGGUACUGACCGCUACCGUACUCUCAUCGUCUGUGGUGUCUACGCUGCCCAGAACCUUACUGGUAACCUGAUCGCCAACCAGGCCGUCUACUUCUUCGAGCAGGCUGGUAUGCCCACCAAGACCGCCUUCGCUAUGGGUCUCAUCACCUCAGCUCUCCAGGCCGUCUUUGUCAUGCUUUCUUGGAUUCUCACCACAUACUUCGGUCGACGAAGCAUCUACCUCUGGGGUUCCCUCGGAAACACGGUGCUUCUGGUUGCCCUUGGUAUUGCCGCCACUGUCGGUGAUGUCAAGUCCAUUACCAACUCCAACGCUCAGGCUGCUCUCGGUCUCAUCGUCUCGGUCCUCUUCACACUUGGACCUGCUCCCGCUUCUUGGGUCAUCAUCGGAGAGACCUCCUCUAUCCGUCUCCGGCCUCUCACCACUGGUAUCGGACGUGGUGCUUACUACAUCAUCAACAUCCCUUGUAUCUUCCUGUCCUCCUGGAUGCUUAACCCCACUGGUGCCAACCUUGGUGGCAAGUGUGGUUACGUUUGGGCCGGAACCGGUGCCUUCUGUCUGGCGUGUGCCUACGUCUGGCUUCCUGAGAUGAAGAACCGAUCUUACCGAGAAAUCGACAUUCUCUUCAAGCGCAAGGUCCCUGCCCGCAAGUGGAAGAAGACCGUCGUCGAUAUCCGCGACGACGAGUAG